AUGGAGUUUGAACCAAGGUAUGGUGAAGAUUUCCUUUACAAGCAAAAUAUCUUAGGAGAGAAUUACUUAAAACCAGAAUUUGGUUAUGGUUUUCCAAUGGGAGCAUGCAAUGACUCUGGAGGAGUUAUUCAAGAAAUUCCAAAGUUGGAUCAAUUUUCAUUAGAUGGGUGCUUCCGAAAUUCUAAUUUAGGAAUGUCGAAUCCAUCACCACCACUGCCGCCGUCUACAAAAUAUGUUGAUUCUCCUAGUCAGGUUUUCUCAAAUGGAAAUUCUAUAAUGCAAGAUUUCGAUGUUUUCGAAUAUAAACCUCUUUUGGAAGGAGGAGGAAGUACUAACAAUAGUAGUAAUGUUAGCAAUGGUGGCUUGUUUCAUCAAAACAAAGGGUUCUUUCAUUAUCCUUCGAUAAUGGAUCGAAAUCAUCCGAGUCAUCUUUCUCCAACUUUGAGUUUUCAAGAACUUGAGCAAGGUAACCUAAGUAUACCAGAUGAGUUCUCAUGCAUAACUGCAGAUAAUGGAAUUUAUGGGGAAACUGCUGUAAAAAAGAGAAACUCGCCGGAGAAACGGCGCUCUGCUGUGAAAGGUACUCAAAGAAGAUCAAAUGUUAUCAAAGGACAAUGGACCAUGGAAGAGGAUAGGUUAUUAGUUCACUUGGUUGGUCAGUUUGGAAUGAGAAAAUGGUCGCAAAUUGCGCAAACCUUGAGGGGAAGAAUUGGGAAGCAGUGUAGAGAGAGGUGGCACAACCAUUUGAGACCCAACAUCAAGAAAGAUGUAUGGACUGAAGAUGAGGAUAGGAUUCUUAUUCAGUCACAUAUUGAAAUAGGAAACAAGUGGGCAGAAAUCGCAAAGAGGUUGCCUGGACGAACUGAAAAUUCCAUAAAAAACCACUGGAAUGCCACCAAAAGAAGACAAUUUUCUAGGCGAAGAUGCCGAAGUUCAAAGUAUCCUAGAUCAAGUUCCCUACUCCAAAAUUACAUUAAAAGCCUGGGUGCUGAUCCAGCUAGCGCAAGUAACACUGAAUAUCGCAAGAAUGCGUUUGUGACCUCGAACACACCAAUUGAAGCUAAUAGUAAUACUGCCGCUACUACCAACAUUGAUAGCACUAAGAUGCCAAUGUCGACUCAGCCAGCGUUAAUGAAGCAACCAGCAGAUCGCAGUCAACAGAAAUUAGAUAUGUUUAAUAACCUGAGUGAAGAUCGAUUAGUCCCAAGUUAUGAUUUUAAUGACGUUACAGGUUUUGGGUUCGAUACAAAAACAUUUCCAGUGAAAUACAGUUUGGGUUCUUUGUUCGAUGAAAUGCCAUCUGGUAAUAUCUUUGGCGAUGAUCAAAAUAUGGAGAUAAAUAUGCCAGCAGAAAUGGAUUUAUAUAUGCAACAGAAUCAUCAUGAGGUUAAGAGAGAGAUGGAUUUGGUUGAAAUGGUAAAUCAGACUACUACUGGAAGAAUGUGUUAAAGAAAUAACUGAUAUCAUCAAGAGGAGCUAAUUGGUGUGAACUUCUUCUGAUGGUUUCUUGGAUUAAGUUUGACUGGGAUCAGUCUAGGGAAACAAUAAGGAUAUGAUUGUUAUGGGUUUAGUUUGAAUAAUUAUCUGUUUUUAUCUAUAAAUUGAAAUUAAAAUUUGUUUGCAAUAUAAGAAAGAGUA